AUGAAAUUAUCUAAGGACCAGCUGGAUAAAAUACCCAUCUGGGUUAAACUGUUUAAUGUUCCUAUGGAGUAUUGGGAUGAGGAUGGUCUGAGUAGGAUAGCUAGUGUUAUUGGUGAGCCUCUCUACAUGGAUAUAUUAACUGCUUAUGAAGAUAGGGUAUCAUUUGCAAAAGUUUGUGUAGAGAUUGGAAUUGAUUCCAUUUUGCCCACUGAUUUCCUUAUAAAAUGUGAGGGUACAAGUAUUGAAGUGAGGGUGGAGUAUCUGUUGAAGCCUACUAAAUGUAAGGUUUUUGGUCAUGCUGAUGAUAGAUGUAUCAGAACUCAAGUGGAAAAUAUUGUUCAGAGUUCUAUAGAACAACAGGUUCAGAAUAGUGAUGAGGAAUGGAAGACAAUUGUAGCUAAAGUUACUGGUAUAUUAUACGAGGUUGAGAUAGCUGCCUCAAUUGAGGUCACUGAUGUUGCAAGGCGACAUAGGGAUCAGGAUGUUUGUGAGGUUCAAGAGGUUGCAAUUACUGGUUCAUUAUCAGAGAUUGUGAAAGCUGGGUCUGAGGAGCCCGAAUCUAUAUUGGAUCCUUCAGAACCUGAUCCUGAAAUCCAAGCAAAUUCUUUAAGCUUGGAGGAGGAAGUGGCUGAUAGAGUAAUGUUGACUCAAAGGAUGUUGAGAAGUGCUGCUAAACCUUGUGCUCCUAAGGCUACUGGUUCUUCUAGUAGUCGUAGGAAGAAAAAGAGGGGUCUAAAUGAUCCUAGUAGGCAAAGAGAAGUUGCUAAGUUUUUGAAGAAGGAGGACAUUAAUAUUGUUGGUUUGCUUAAAACUAAAGUGAUUGAUAGUAAUCAUGUUAGAAUUCUUAACCAAGUUUUGCAUGAUUGGGUAAGUUUGUCUAACUAUGAGCAUGCUAUUUUGGGGAGGAUUUGGGUUUGUUGGAAUCCUGCUUUUUGUACUGUUGAUGUCCUGGAUAGCUCUGACCAACACAUGUGGUGUAAAAUUAAAGUUUUAAAUGGGGAUAUUCACUUUUUUGCCGGUUUUGUGUAUAUGUAUGGCUCGAGGAGGCCGCUAUUUAAUAAGUUGGAGGUUUUGGCUCAAUUGUAUAGAGACUUUCCUUGUAUUCUCUUAGGGGAUUUCAAUGCUAUUAGGUUCCCAUAUGAGAAAGUGGAAGGGGACCAUAGUUGGUCGUCUUGUAAAAAUGAAUUCAAUUUGUUUAUUAAUCAAUCUGAGCUUGAUGACUUGAACUAUGGGGGUUGCCAGUUUACUUGGGCUAACAAACAGUGUGAGGAUAGAUUUAUUUCAUCUAAGAUUGAUAGGGCGUUGGUUAAUGGGUUGUGGCUCAAUAAUUUGCCUCACUCCCAUGCUUACUUCCAUCCUUCUGGGACCUCUGAUCACUCUCCUUGUAUUGUUACUGUGCCUUUGAAAAUUCACAGGGUGUGUACGCCAUUUAAAUUUUUUAACAUGUGGGCUAAUCAUCCGGAUUUUAUACCUGUGGUUAGGGGUGUUUGGUGUAAGUAUGUCAAAGGUUCUCCCUUGUUUAGGAUUUGCAGUAAGCUUAGGUCUUUAAAGCCUGAGCUUAAAGCUCUCAAUAAGAAGCAUUUUAGUGACGUCUCGGUGAGAACUUCUUGUGCCAAAGAGGAUCUAGAUAGAGUUCAGCUUCAACUUGAUAAAAAUAUGGGUGACUCUAAUCUAAACCGUAGCAGGAUUAGUAGUGUUACGCUGGAUGAUGGGAGCAUUAUUGUUGAUCCGCAUGAUGUCAAAUCUGCUUUUGUUUCUUAUUUUGAGGGGUUUUUGGGGAAGCCAUUUAUUAAUAGGUACAGUGGUGGGUCUAAAGUCGAGGAGCUUAUUAAGAGGAAGCUCUCUCCUGCUCAAGUGGAGGAGUUGACUGCUGAUGAUUUGGAGUGUGAGAUUGAGAGUGUUUUUCGAUCUCUUAAUAGUAAUAAAGCUCCUGGGCCUGAUGGUUACCCGGCUAGUUUUUUCAAGAGUUCCUGGGAUGUGGUUGGUAAGGACGUUAUUCAGGCUAUUAAGUCAUUCUUCCAUUCAAGUGAACUUCUUAAAGAGGUUAAUAGUACCGCUAUUGCUCUUGUUCCAAAGGUUCCAAAUCCUAGCAAGGUGGGUGACUAUAGACCUAUUUCUUGUUGUAACACGGUGUAUAAGUGUAUUGCUAAAAUUUUGGCAAAUAGGAUUAAGAAGGUCCUCCCUGAUGUUAUUGAUUCAGUCCAGUCUGCUUUUGUUCAAGGGAGGAGGAUUUCGGAUAAUAUUUUCCUUUCCCAGGAAUUGAUGAGAGGUUAUCAUAGAGGUUCUGGGUCUCCUAGGUGUGCGAUGAAGUUUAAUAUCAUGAAAGCCUAUGAUAAUGUGAGGUGGGAUUUCAUUUUUGAUACUCUUGCUGGUAUGGGCUUCCAUAGUAGCAUGAUUGGUUGGAUUAGGGCUUGCAUUACUAGUCCUUCUUUCUCGAUCUGUAUUAAUGGGGAGCUUUGUGGCUAUUUUCGGGGUGCUAGAGGGCUUAGACAAGGGGACCCUAUUUCCCCUUACCUGUUUGUUAUUGUUAUGGAGGUUUUAGAUAGGCUGUUGGCUGAGAAAGCUGAGAGUCCUGAUUUUAAGUUCCACUGGAGGUGUGAGAAGAACAAAAUUAUUAAUCUUUGUUUUGCUGAUGACUUCGAGAUUUUUUGUAGAGGGGACAUUAGUUCUGUGUCUCUUAUCAAGGAGGCUCUUGAUGAAUUCCAAGGGCUCUCUGGUCAGUCCCCCAGCCCUCCUAAGAGUCAUAUGUUUUUUACAGGGAUGGAUUGUCACUUAAAGGCUAAGUUACUCUCCAUUAUGGAUUUUAAAGAGGGGAACCUUCCUGUGUGGCAUUUGGGGGUUCCUCUUAUCUCAACUAAGCUGCGUAAAAUAGAUUGUGAUCAAUUGGUGGCUAGGAUUACCAAGAGGAUUCAAUUGUGGACCAAUAAAGUGUUGUCUUAUGCAGGGAGAGCCCAAUUGAUUAAAUUUAUCUUGUUCUCUAUGCAGGUUUAUUGGGCUUCGUUAUCCAUUCUCCCUAAGAAAGUGGUAAAGGAGACUGAAUCUUGUUUGAGGGCUUCCUUUUGGAAUGGUCCUGAUUCGAAAAAGAAUGGAGCAAAAGUUGCUUGGGUGCAUCUUUGUGUUCCUUGGAAUGAGGGUGGUCUAGGGUUUAAAUCUAUUGAGAGAAAGCUUCUUGAUUUGAGGAGUAUUAUUGCUCCCCUAAUUAAAUAUAAUGUUGGUAAUGGGAAGGCAACUUUCUUGUGGUUUGACAACUGGCUCCCUCUUGGGCCUGUUUUUAAUAGAUUUGGAGAAAGAGUUAUAUUUGACUCUGGGAUUCAAAAGUUUGCUAAAGUGGAGUCUGUUAUCUAUGGCACUAGGUGGAAAUGGCCUGUGUGUCGUACUUGGGAGUUGAAUAAGAUUAAGGUUGUUGUCCCGGCGGAUAUGAAGCCUUCUUUAGUGAAUGAUAAGGUAGUGUGGCUACCAUCUUCUGAUGGGAAAUUUUCCAUUAAGUCUGCUUGGGACAAGUGA